GCGAUCCGGGCGACCUUUAACUCGUAUUAACAUCUUCUUUUUCGUGUCUUUUUUGAGUGCUCACUCACCAGUCGGCGAGCGGCGAAGCGCGAGGAAGGACGGGGGAUGGGGAAGUACAUGACGAAGUGCGGCAAAGGGGCCGGGGAACUGUCGGUGAUGGAGGUGACCCAAGUGGCCGGAGUGACGACGAGGGCGAGGGCACUCGCUAUCGCCUCUGCUGCUGACGCUGCCGCCGUCACGGCGGUACCGAAGCGAAGGAAGGCGGAAGUGGCGCCUGCGCCUUCGGAAUUGGUGCAGACCUCCUCCUACAUUCAGCUCCGAAGCCGCCGUCUCGUCAUGACCGGCCGCAGGGAGGAUCUGCCGCCUCCACGAAAUUCUCUUAAUUCGGCCUUCAGUUGGGCGACCACAGAGAAGGUGGCCUCCCGUUCCUCGAGCAACGCGUCCAGCGACGUGAUGGUUGAGGAGCCAGAUGGCGAGAUUUUGGAGUCUUCUAACUGCAAGGACAUCGACAGUGCCAGACGAACUAGGAGAGAAGCUCGACAUUCGAGCGCGGCACGACUCGAAGGGGGAGAUUUGGAAUCGACGGCGAGGACGACGACGACGAGUACGAGAACUACGCCGACGAAGUCAGAGAUCGAGGAAUUCUUCGACGCGGCCGAGAGAGACCAAGCUCUGCGCUUCGCCGACAAGUACAACUACGACGUCAUCAACGACGUUCCGUUGAACGGCCGCUUCCGGUGGGUUCCAAUCGACCUAUGAAGCGGAGACUAAAAUUAUCAAAAAAAAAAAACUUUUUAAUGUUUAUUUUAGUUUUCGAUCUGGAGACUGGACGUUUCUUCUAGAAGCCAUGUACAGCUUUCUGCAACUUAAACCCACCUCCUGUACUAGAGAUUACAUCGAAGAAGAAGCAGCAGCAGCUAAGCAACUUUUUCA